GCGCGGGUUUGGCUUUGUCAUGAGCUUAGUCUCCUUUCCUUAUAUCUGCAAAUCAGAGAGAGAGAGAGAGAGAGAGUUCCAUAACCAUAACAACCUUUUUCUCUCUGCUUUUCCACUUCGUAUUGUCGCCGCCACAACAAUAAAUAUUAUUCAUAGGUUGACUUCUACUAAGUUGUCGCAAAGGUUGUUCAGUUUAUAUCCUAAUCAACUCUUUCACAGCUUCCGCCGCCGUUACUCUCAUCCUUUAGAGGUUAGAAUUCCGUUAAUUAUUUUCUUCUUCCGUAUCACUUCCAUAGCCAACGUUCAAGAAUAACAAUAACGUUCCUCUGUAUAUUGAUCAGAUGCAUGUUUCUUUAAAUAUUUCAAUUAUUAUGACAAAAUAAAAACAUAUGGAUACUACCGGUUUCUGUUUUAUAAUUAUUUGAUGGAGUUUCAAGAAACUGCAGGUUGCGGCAUGUGUAAAUUGUUCAAGAAACUGCAGGUUGCGGCAUGUGUAAAUUGUAGUAAUAGACAGCGUUUGUUCAUAAUUCUAUGUUUACUCCUUUGUUUGGUACAAAAGUUAUGUGACUCUGUAUAAACGAUAUUCGUUAUCAGUAUGUGCUAAUGGCUACAAAAGUAUGCGUAAUAUGAAUAUUGAUGGUGAAACAAAGUCAAAAGUUCAUUUAGGUUGUCACAAGGUUAGAGUCUUAGAGAGCCUCUUCUGAGAUUCGUGUUCAAUGAUGUUCUCUUUUCUAAAAUAUAAACUUUUUUUUUCUUGUUUAUAUUUUUAAUGAAGGUUCCACAGGACAAGGCCUAGUGGUAGAGAUUGAUUAUCACUUGAGUGGAUUCAAAAGCUACAGAACAAGAUUACCCGUAUUAGUGAUGGGAAAGCACAUGAUUUCUUCGGAGAAUUCCACUGUUCAAAUUCAGGACAAUAAUCCAGGAUGCAUGUGGGGCAUGCUUCAAAUUCUUGAUUACCAUCGUUGGUGCGUCAAAAAGGUGUUUCCUCACAAAAAGAGAAGACAUGCCAGAUAUAAGAGAAAAACCAUUUUGGAUAACCAAAAUGAAGACCAACAAUAUGGAGUUACAGAAGCAGAACCCCUCCUUGCCAGGCAGCACAGCGAAAAAAUUAGUGCCGCAGGCAAAAAUUCCCCCAAAAAUCGCAAAAAGGACCCACGCACUGACAAAAGGUUUAAUGAAGAAAACUCUGAAGGCUGUAGUGAGUAUGCACUUCAACUGGAGAAAGAUGGCAAGACGACAGAAGCUGCCCUUAAUCUUAAGCAUAUGGAAACAGACAAGCUUGACAGAGGCACGUCCAAUAAAUUUAAAAAGCAUAGUGAUGAUGUUUCUGAGGUAUUUAGAGUGGAGAAGGAUUUAUUAAUCAAAUUUCUACGAGAUUUAGAAGUUGGUGGGAAAAAAUUCCAUCAAGCAUCCCACAACAAAGCAAGAUUGACAAAAUCAGGGUCAUUUCCUUUGACCUCAACUUCACAGAUGAGAAACAUUAGCUCUAGGUCCUUAAAACACAAGCAAAACGAAAUUUGGGCAUUUCCCAAGAGAGGAAAGUUUCUUGCAGGUACACAGGACAGUUUUGUGAAAGAUAUUUCUAAUGAAAAGUCAAUGCCUUUAGUGAAUGAUCUUGGUGUUGAUAGUACCAUGGAAGAAAAACCAAGCAUUGAUUUAAGGUCUUCUCAAGGAUCAAAUCACAAAGGGUGGAAUCAACUGGUUCUUCAUCAAUUCAAAGUUAUAAAACAGAAGAUAAAACAUGCCCUCGUGGAAUUCAGAAAAAGUGGUUACCAAACUUCUGCCGUAGCAAUCCACCACAGAGCUUCACCUGAACAUAGCAUCAUCAAUAAUGAGGAAGAGAUCUCACCAUGCUUAGAUGAUGGCAUGAUUCAAGAACACAAUCGGAACAAAAGCUCAAAUGAAACUAAAGCUUCUGAUUAUGAUUCCAACAAGCAUGAUGCUUGCCUCAUGCGAAGAACAUCCUCCUUAAAUGAAUCGUUGGAUAGAUAUACUGAGCUGUUUGAGAAAAUCAGCAAAGAUGUUAAGUGGCAAAAUUCAAAGUCUAAAAGCUUGAAAUUGACAAACGAGGAUAAAAUCCACAAGAGUGGGCGUGCUCCUAGGUUUUCCAGAAGCAAUUUGUCUCUGCCGAGUCUCGAGACUUUAGGCUUCAUUCUACAUGAGGCACUUUUUGAUACAAAUGAUGUAGAAAACACAGUGGAAGCUGAUAAUCAUGUUCAAAGAAAAUCAGUGAGCUUUCCUUUAAGGAUAGACAAAUCACAUGAUCAUUUUAAAGGGGCUGAAAUUGUGGAAACAGUAGAAGGGAGUGACAGAGAUGCAAAUCCCAAUCUUUCAUCUGAUAAGUUUAUGGAAACAAUUGAUGAAGGAGUUACCUGUGACCAAGAGGAGGACAUACAUGAGCCAGCAGUGGGAGAUGGAAGUUUACCCCACAAAAAGGAAGAAAUAUGUGUGAUUACCAAUCUUAACAAGGAGGUAAUGGUCUCUCUUGAAACUAGCUAUGAAGAUAAUACAACCAGACAUUCAAAAGGUACAAGAUUGAAUACCCCAGGCUCUACAUUGGAAGAAUUGGAGAGUGAUUUAUCAUAUAAAGGAAGUGUAUAUCAUUCUUUGCCAGACUCUUUAUCCAACAGAAAUGCUAGUGUAACAGCUGAAGACACAGACAAGAGUUCUGACAAUCAUUUCCUGCUCUUCAAAUCAGAUGAAGACAACGAUUCCAAUUUCAAUUAUGUGAAAAAUGUUCUUGAAUUUUCAGGUUUCUUGGGAAUUGACCACAUUCAGAUGCGAUACACAGUAGACCAGCCACUAAAGCCUUCCUUAUUCAAAGCUUUGGAUGUGACUUUGCGCCAUGAAAUUGAAUCCUCCAGAGAAGAGACAAUCAACCCCUAUGAUCACCAGCUUAUUUUCAACUUAGUUAAUGAGGUGCUUACUGAAAUAUAUGAGAAGUCACCAACUUACUUCCCAAGGCCCUUCUCCUUCAACCGCCGCCUCCAUCCAAUUGCCAAAGGGGACUAUCUUCUCAAUGAUGUAUGGAGUGGUGUUAAGUCAUACCUGAGCUUGAGACCAGAACUGGAUCAGACACUAGAUGAUGUUGUGGGUCGUGAUUUGGAAAAAAGAAGUGGCUGGAUGAUCCUUCAACAGGAAGAGGAGUGUGUAGCACUACAACUAGAGGAGAUGAUCAUGGAAGAUUUAUUAGAUGAUAUCUUCUCAUGAAGUUUGCUUGGACUGUAACAUGGUUAUGUGUGUCAUGUUUUGGAAGUUCUACUAUUUUGAUCCAGGAUUUUCACUAGAGCAGAAAGCAAGUUUGGCUUCUAAUUUCUACAGGAGCAAGAACUAGAAGCACACAUGCACUAGUUUUAUCACAUGCAUUUUUAAGUUCCUGGAUUAUAUUGAUAGUAGGAGAAGAUGAAGCUGUCACUUUAAACAUAAUCCUCAACCGCUGUCAAAAGGGACCGCAAGCCUUUCACUGUAACAGCAAGUUAGCAAUACUAUGUUGUACAAUAUUGAUUCGUGAUUCGUGUGUUUCAGUUCCAUGUCGAUUUUUCAUGCAGAAUAGGAUCCAUAUUUAUAACUUAUUUUGUAAAUAGGAAUGUCUGGUAUGCCGUGUAAAGUUGGUCAUGGGGUUUUGGUGCGUGGCGUGGCGUGGCUGAUUUUCAUGUAAAUAACAUUUAUGAGUGAACGUAUUCUUGCUUAUGCCUUUGAGAUUUUUUUCCCCCUUUACUGGACGAAUAAUAAUUGAUGACAAAUUAAUUUCUACAGACU